ACACUUGGACUCACUGAAUAUCACCCUUUAAAUAACCAGUUGCCAGGAUAAUUUUCAACCUUUCGGAUCUACAUUUUCUACAUUUUCGUUACUACAGCAGACUUCGACUCAUUGAAUAUAAGUAUAAAUAGCCAACUGCCAGUGUAAUAUUGCACCUUUCGGAUCUACAUCUUCAUUACUACCGCAGGACUUUACUUUUACCAAUGAGUAUCGUGGAUAUCAACAGCAACCUGGGAAACCAGGUUGCCGUUCCUCAGGAGAAUUCAGAACGUCCCUCAGAAGAGCUCGAUCUGGAAACCGCUCUGGAUCAAGCCAACGAGGAGAACCAAUUUCUGACCAAGAAGCUCAGCGACAUGGAGGAAUUUCAGAAAGGAUCUGAGAUUGAAAAAUGUAAAUACUGCCAACAUUCUGAAGGUGGCAGAGAAACGAACCAUCUGGAAAAGAUCCAAGAGGUCUCUGAAAAUAGAUUAAAGCACCUAAAGUGUCUACAAGAGAGUGAGUCAGAACUCGCCCGCCUUCUCCAACAUCAGGUGCGCCUCGGCAACCAGGAGCGCAACAAAAUGGUUGAAAACUAUGAGGCAGAGACACGGGAACUCUCCGAGUCAAACCGUGAUCUCUGCAAGGAGAAAGAGGAUUUGUCUCUGAGAUUUAGAGAGACAAGAGACCAGCUGAUAAGGGAGAAAGAGGAGUUGUCUCUGAAACUCAGAGAGACACAAAACCAGCUGUUAAGGACGACAGAGGAGUUGUCUCUGAAACUUAAAGAGACACAAGACCAGCUUUUAAGGGAGAAAGAGGAUUUUUCUCUGAGAUUUAAAGCGACACAAGACGAGCUGUUAAGGGAGAAAAGGGAUUUGUCUCUUAAACUCAAAGAGACACAAAACCAGGCGUUAAGUGAGAAAGAGGAUUUGUCUCUAAAACUCAGCGAGACACAAGACCAGCUGUUUAAGGAGAAAAAAGAUUUGUCUCUUAGACUUAGAGAGACACAAGACCAGCUGUUUAGGGAGACAAAGGAUUUGUCUCUCAGACUCAGAAAGACACAAGACGAGCUGUUUAAGGAGAAAGCUGAACGGCUGCAGAAUGUUGAGGCCCUGGAGGCUAAAAUCAACUCUCUGGUAGACGAGGCAGCCAAAGUCCAGGUCCUGAAGCAGCAGGACUUAACACACCUUCAGGUUAACCACCAGGCAGAGGUUGACGAUUUGGAGGAUAAUUUGACGAUGCUCAACAAGAUUAAUGCGAAUCUCCUUUCAAAGUGCAGAGGCGCGAACAAUGAGCUGAGAAUCCAAGAAGAGUGGCAGAAAAAAUACACCGAUCUGGACAAUAGACACAAAACGAACCUGACCCAGACCAUGCGGGCCAUUUCAAAAGCUUACAUGGAAACCCUGAAAGUUCUAGAUAAUAAGUUUAAGAACGAGCUGCGGACAACUGCUGGUUUGAAAGAGACAGUUCAAGGGAUGGAGGUCGAACGCACGCUCCUGGAGGACAUCUGUCUCAAAUUCAAGAAGCAGCUUAGGGGCGUCUUUGGCCCGAGGAUGCAGGACAGAGAGGUUGAGUUGUUAAAGAUGAAGAGGAAAAUGCAGGAGACGGAAACGGGUUUCUUCGGCACGAUGUUCCGUAGGACUCCACCCGAGCCUGGUCCCAUACCCGAGCCUGGUCCCACACCCGAUCCUGCUCCCAUGCCCUACCCCUUUAGUAGGAUGAGGCAUCUUGUAGACUAGAAUGGAGGACCUUCAGCUGAGGUUGAACUUCACCAACACCUCUCUUUAUCUUCCCCUUUAGUAGGAUGAGGCAUCUUGAAGAUGACUAGGGUGGAGGACCUUCAGCUGAGGUUGAACUUCACUAACACCUCUCUUCCUCUUCCCCUUUAGUAGGAUGAGGCAUCUUGAAGAUGACUAGGGUGGAGGACCUUCAGCUGAGGUUGAACUUCACUAAAACCUCUCUUCCUCUUCACCUUUAGUAGGAUGAGGCAUCUUGAAGAUGACUAGGGUGGAGGACCUUCAGCUGAGGUUGAACUUCACUAACACCUCUCUUCCUCUUCCCCUCAUCUUGAAGAUGACUAGGGUGGAGGACCUUCAGGACUUCACUAACACCUCUCUUCCUCUUCCCCUCAUCUUGAAGAUGACUAGGGUGGAGGACCUUCAGCUGAGGUUGAACUUCACCAACACCUCUCUUUAUCUUCCCCUUUAGUAGGAUGAGGCAUCUUGAAGAUGACUAGGGUGGAGGACCUUCAGGACUUCACUAACACCUCUCUUCCUCUUCCCCUCAUCUUGAAGAUGACUAGGGUGGAGGACCUUCAGGACUUCACUAACACCUCUCUUCCUCUUCCCCUCAUCUUGAAGAUGACUAGGGUGGAGGACCUUCAGCUGAGGUUGAACUUCACUAACACCUCUCUUCCUCUUCCCCUCAUCUUGAAGAUGACUAGGGUGGAGGACCUUCAGCUGAGGUUGAACUUCACUAACACCUCUCUUCCUCUUCCCCUCAUCUUGAAGAUGACUAGGGUGGAGGACCUUCAGCUGAGGUUGAACUUUGUUGUAUCUUUCAAACGGCAGUGAUGUUGAAGAAUGAGGAUGAAGGAAUCUCCGCGGACAUUGUUCUUUCUGUUAUAAUAGAGUUUAUUACAGAGAGGAAUCACAGGUCAGGACGAGCGUCUAGAUCGCUCGGAGAAGCUUCUCAGCCAAAUGGAAGAUCUACUGAGACUCAGUUAUAUAGCCACUUUGUCGUGCUCAUGUACCAUAUAUCAAGAUUAAGAAGUAACAGACGAGGUCACACAAAGGCCUCUUAACGGUAUCUUAUAAGCUGAUCUUAGCUUAGCUGAUUUUAGCAAAUUGUGUAAGGAAAUUACUUAAGCAAAUACAUAUGGAACUCUCAGCAAAUCAAAACAAAAUAAUGUCCACCGUCAGGCUGGUCAACCCAUCGUACCUUCCAAGUGGACCUUUUCCUGCCUACGCCCACUUUCCCUGAACAUCGAGCAAAGAAAACAUCCGAGGUCCCAUCUAUAUUUACCCAACAACAAAAACAUCAUUUCCCAAACAAUUGGCCCAUAAAGAAGAAAAUUCAUUUUUAAUACUACUAAUGUAACGUAUAGGAUAAGACAUAAGAAUGUACAACACUGCAGUUUCUCAGCAGCCUUGACUCUCAGUUGUAGCAUCGAUGACGUCUUGAAUCUGGAUGUUGUGUCAUCAGUCCUUGUUCAGAGUCCUUCAAAUCAUUCUUAUUGUUCAUGUUUGAUGUGUCUUGAAUCCAUCCAACGCAUCGGAGUCCCAUAACAAUUCACCACCCGCACAGUGGUCUUGCCCCAAUAUGUUCUAGAAUAAAAGAAAAGAUAACCAGUAUCUUUUGCAUACAGAACAGAUACAAAUUAGAACAUCAAAUAUAGAUUAACACUUCUAUAAGUGUAUGUGAAAUUAUAAAUCACAUUGUCCAUUCAUCCCCCCCUUCGAGACCACACAGAGUCUCGAAAGAGUGAAACAAAAUCAAAACUACAGACUAACCAAGUAAUAACAGAGGUAUGUGUUAGGAUUAAAAUAACAUCACACAUUCAAAAUGGAUAUUCCUCCACCAGUUCGACCCUUAUCCUUUCGUCCUCAUCAACGUCCGUGUCAUCACCAUGUAAUAAUGGCAUCUGAGUUUGAUCGCCUGGCAUCACAACUCCAACCCAUCUCAUUAUCAUAGCCUUUGCAAAGGUCAACAAUAGCGUACAAAAAAAAAACAUCACACACAAAGACAGAACGAGCACUGCCACAACCUGUACUAAUACUGCUCCUAAUGGCCCUAAUUUAUCCUGCAACCAAGCAUUUGCAGACCAUCCAGCGUUUUCCGACGGGCCAAAUGCAUCUCUUAUAAGCUUCAAUGCAUCUACGACACUAGUCAUAUUAUCAGAGUUAUCAGGAAUCAAAGUGUAGCAAGCCUCCCCAGUUAAGUUCAAAGUCACACAAAGACCACCUUGUUUGGCCAAAAUAUAGUCAAGAGCCAUGUCAUGUUUUAGCAACGUCAGUCUGUGGCUUCUCUGAGUGUUUGACAAAUAUUCAAACCCUCUUAUGGUUUCGUUCACAAAACCCUGUAAGGUGUAGGUAAUGUUAUCGAUGCGAUCUGCCAAGAAUGUCCCCCCCAUACCAUGGAAAUAAUCCUAUUCCCCACUUCUCUGCUAUAUUUACUCUCCAAUGGUAUGAUUCCAAAUUGUUAAAUUGUGCCAUCUCCCGUUUCUUCCUACUUCUUGGAGCGUCAUUAGAUUGGACCCCAUCUGGCCUUUUUCCCUUCUGGAUAGUAAGAACCUCAUAUGGAAGUUUCAAUGUUGCCAUAUAACAGCAUCCUGUCCACCCAUAUGGUAGAAAUAUGUAUGCCUUAUCAUCACAAACCCACCAAAUAUCCUUGAAAUUCCCUAUAGUCACAUUCCCAGGCAAACUUUGAUUCUUCACCCUUAAAGUUUUACCCUUUUUGUUGUCUGGUACAUCAAAAGUUACUUCAUAUGAAUCAUUACUAGACUUAUGUUCAUGUUUACCCAAGUCCAUCAUAUAUUUAUCACAAUCUGAUAUCCCCAUAAACAUUCCCGGCCCAUCAUAAGUGGUAUUCGAACAAAAACAGCUAUCAGCUCGAACUGAUGUCACUUCCAUUAUAUCCGGGACCGGCGUUCUGAUAUUUUCAUGUUGAUCGAGUAAAUUUACAUAUGAUAAUCCUUUCAACCAAGAACAAGUAAAUCUCGGCCUAAACAGAUGUAUUGACCAAGCCAUUAUUACAUAUUUUGCUGACUGCUGCUGAUACAACAGCCAUGAUAGUGCAUAACUUUGACAAAUAGCGGUUAGUGGUUCUGGUGUAGUCUCUAAAAUUGAAGGCCAUGAGUUUGGCGUUAGGACUUUUACUUGACAUGGACCAUUCCAUUUCACAACCGAUCUUACGAAAUGAGUUAAUUGCUGGAACCAUAAGUUCCUACUUGCCCAAGGGUCUGCAAUCUGUAACACUGACGGAUCAAACCCGAACGCCCUCCAUUUAGUUUCUCUCUUUUGUAAUGCAUGGUA